UCGGAGGAAUAAUUAUUCCCGGAGGAAAAUCGCCAAGAAUCAGGAAGUGAAGUGAUGGCACAAGUGAUGCAGUAUCAACAGAUAUGCAUGCCGACGAUGUCGCCCAUGCCUGGCAUGACGCCAAUGUCCGGCAUCCCGAUGCCGAUGCACCAGCCUACCGCUAUGGAUUACGGAAGUCCAGGCAUUCACUAUCAGCCCUACAAUCCGACGUUAAGCAGCCAUCAUCUUCAAACCAGCCAAUCGAGCUACUGGUACCCUGGAUCCACGAGUCACAGUCAAAUUACCGAGCCGCUCACGCCGCCGGCGUACACCAUGUCCAGUGUUCCAACGAGCACAGCCUCGUGGACCACUCAGACUCACCUUCCACAACCUCAGCUCACCACCAUUCCAACUAUUCAACAUUAUUCGUUGCCACCGAGUCCACCUGAACUACCGCCAAGCCCUCAGGACCACUCGUCGCCCUAUCAGUGGCCGCUAACGCCACCGGCGGAUCAUCACUUCUUGACCACGGAAGAUCCCGGAAAAUCUGGCAGAAAGUGUACGAGAUGUCGAUGCCCGAAUUGCCAAACGGACAGCGGAAGUCAAUUGGGCGUGGACGGGAAGAGACAACACGUAUGCCACGUGCCAGGCUGUGGCAAAGUGUACGGCAAAACCUCUCACUUGAAGGCACAUCUCAGAUGGCAUACCGGCGAACGACCUUUCGUCUGCAACUGGCUGUUCUGCGGCAAAAGGUUCACCAGGAGCGACGAACUGCAGCGUCACCUUCGAACUCAUACCGGGGAGAAGAGGUUCGCCUGUCCUACGUGUUGCAAGAGAUUCAUGAGAAGCGACCAUCUCACGAAACACAUCAAGACCCACGAAAAUCAGAAGAAAAAGAGUUCCGCGAGUAAAAAAGAAUGUAAUAAAGAGAAUUCGUUGCCGGCUGCGUCCACGCAGAACGCGUAUCCACCUAUCGGUGGACAGUACACCAUGAUUUAG